AUGGAAAAAGUCGACAACCUCGUCGAGCGAGCAAGAUAUCUAUCGCUACACCCGCUCCAGGACUCCUACCCCAUAGAUGCAUUCCACGCCGUCAUGGAUGCGCAUCUAAAGCGGAUCUACGAGACGAUUGUUGCGAGUGAUGCGUCGAGGGCUGAAUUUCAGAAGACCGUUCAAGCAGACGCGGGAUCUGGUACUGGUACCAACACUGGCACUGCAGGUAUUGGAACUGGCGACCCCCUCGUCUCCGUCGAUGCCUUCCGCGCAUACAUGAAAGACGGCGUCUCGAGGGCACUCGCGCCGGCCCCAGACCUCGACUGCUCGGCGCCAAUCUCGGAUUACUUUGUCUCGUCUAGCCAUAAUACGUACUUGACCGGGAAUCAGCUCUCUAGUGAUGCGGCUGCGAGUGCGUAUACAUCUGUCCUACUACGCGGCUGUCGAUCCGUGGAAAUCGACGUCUGGGACGGGGAACCCCUCACCCCGCCCGAUUCAAGCGACAAUGAAGAGACAAGUAGCGAGAGCAGCGAUUCCUCCGAGGACGAGGGUAAGAAGAAAGAGGGUUCGAAGAAAGGACUGAAAGCCAGACUGAAGCAGAAGAUCAAAUCCAAGGCCGAAUCCGAGGAGAGACUCGCUCAGAAAUUGCCCAAGUCUGUUUCUGCCCGGCUGGGGUUGAAUAAACAGGCUGAGGCUGUGUCUGCGACUACAGAGGGCGCGGGUCCUGCUAUACCUGCUGCUCCGGUUGAGGGAGAGCCAGCGCCAGCUCCAGCUCAAGUUACAAGAACACCAUCCGGAUCCAUCAAGGGCGAACCCCGAGUCCUACACGGGCACACACUAACGAAGGGGACCUCGUUCCGAGAAAUCGCAUACGCGAUCCGAGACAGUGCGUUCGUGACGAGUGAUCUGCCGGUUAUUGUCAGUUUCGAGAUCCACGUAUCGCUAGAGCAGCAGCAGAUUAUGGUUGAUAUCAUCCACGAUGCGUGGAAAGGGUUUCUCGUUGAGGUGCCUGAUGACACACCCGCGAACAAGUUGCCUACGGUGGCGGAGUUGAAGAGGAAGAUCCUUAUUAAGACCAAGUCACUUCCACUCAAGGGAGCUAAGGAUGUUGACGAGGAGGAAGAAGAGGAAGAAGAGGCGGGUGUUAUCCCGACAGACACCUCGAAAACCGAUUCGAAACCCAAGCCCGCGAAGCCAGUUAAGAUUCUCGAGGCGCUUGCAAAAUUAGCAGUCUACACCCGGGCAUACCAUUUCAGCCACUUCGACCAACCCGAAGCAAAAGAUCCAGUGCACAUCUUCUCGCUCUCCGAAAAAGGCGCCCGAGAUGCCCACGCCAACAACCGCACCGCGCUGUUCGAACAUAACCGCUCCUCCCUAAUGCGCAUCUACCCCUUCGCCUUCCGUGUGACGUCCUCAAACCUCGAUCCCAGCUUCUACUGGCGGCGCGGCGCGCAGCUGGUUGCGCUGAACUGGCAGAAUCUCGAUAAGGGGAUGAUGCUUAAUCAUGGGAUGUUUGCUGGGAGUUCGGGGUGGGUUUCUAAGCCGGUGGGGUAUAGGAGUUGUGAAGCGCCAGCAGGGGGGCCAGGGAAAGAAACGCUGAAUCUCACGAUUGAAGUCUUCGCUGCCCAGGAUCUCUCCCUCCCUCCGGGCGACCAUUCCGAGAAACGGUUCCGGCCCUACGUGAAUGUCCAGCUACACGUUGAAGAGCCGGAGACGGCGCCGGGAGCGGAUGACUCGAGCUCCGAGUCGGAGAAGAGUAGCUAUCGGCGUUGUACGCGCAGUUCGUCCGGGACGAAUCCUGAUUUUGAAGGGGAGAAAUUGGUAUUCCCGACUGUUACCGGGGUGGUUGAGGAGUUGAGUUUUCUCCGGGUCAAGAUCAAAGACGACGAAAUCGGCCGCGACGACCUAGCCGCAUGGGCGUGCAUCCGCCUUGACCGACUGCGUCAGGGUUACCGACUCGUUCAUCUGCAUGAUUCGUAUUUCUGUUCUGCGUGGGGGGCAACGAAGCGCGAGUCAGGAUUCUUCAAGCGAGCCAGAUAUGGCACGCCACGACCGGCAGCAGCGAUGGCAGCGAUGGCGUCAGGCUGUGGUGCAGGUCAGUGUGGCAUGCGUGCUCGCGCUUGCAAAGCCGAAUUGUACCCUGAGGGAGGAGGUGACGGUGACGAUGCAGCCGUUGACCAAGCAAGGGGGCUCAUCACGCGGUCCCUCGAGGCCCCGGCUGCGCAGACGCAGCAGGGUCGAUGCCGCGCAGAUGAGGAGGCAAACAUGAAGAACCUGCUGUUCCACAGCUUGUCCUAG